CCUCCUCAUCACCUCGACCACCGCCUCGCCCCUCUCUCCGCGUGCGGCUUCCUCAAGGCCAGCAUCAAGCACACGACCCACACUCCUUAGGCUUCGACGCCGCACUCACGAAGCACACGUCUCUCACAAGCCCACCCGCUCUGCCUGCCCGACUGCUGCAGCUUGCCCGCGCACGCACACAUCUUUCCGCCCUCGCGCACGGCAGUGCUGCCGACAGCGUGACGCGAGCAGCGGCGCAGCACAGACAUGGAUGACUUUGGCAUGGGCGGCGGCGGCGGCAUGGGAGGCGAGCCGCCGGCGGAGCAGGACUUCACCAAGAUGUCGGUGGAGGACCGGCUGAAGAGCAAGGUCUGGAAGGCCCGCGUGUCAGGCUACGAGCAGCUGCUGAGCGACUUCAAGAAGUCGAGCGACGAGGGCGCGCCCGUGUUCCGGCCAUUCACGCGCAACGCAGACGCCGUCAAGGGCAUGGCGCUCGAUGCGAACGCCGUGGCGCAGGAGAAGGGCACAGAGGCUGUGUGCGCCUUUGUGGAGUUUGGCGGCAAGGCGGCGGGCAGCACACGAGACGUGGUGUUGCCAGCACUCGUCGACAAGUGCCUCGGCUCGACGCGCGCGGGCACGCGCAAGGCGGCGCUGGAGGCGACGCUCUUCUAUAUUGAGAUGGAGGACGUAAUGGGCUCAGAGGGCACGGUACUUGACCUGCUGAAGGGCACGGAGGCCAAGCAGCCAAAGGUCGUGGCUGCGUCCAUCACGGCGCUGAAGGAGGCAGUGCGGCUCUUCGGGCCAAAGCAGGUGCGGCCAAAGCACAUUCUCGCGAAGCUGCCGGACCUCUUCGGGCAUUCGGACAAGGGCGUGCGCGCAGAGGCGUCGCUGCUGGCCGUUGAGCUGCACAAGUGGAUCGGCGAUGCCAUCGAGCCCACAGUCGCGCUGCUUAAGGACAUCCAGGCCAAGGAGCUGCGCGCGCAGUUCUCGCCCGAGCGCUCGACGGUGCCGGAGCGGAGUCUGCUGUCGCAGCGUGCCGUCAUGGAGGCAGCGGCUGCAGCGGCCGCUGGCGCGGGCGACGAGGCAGGCGGCGACGCCGAGCCGGCCGAGGCCAUCGACCCGCUCGAGUUCGCCGAGCCGACAGAUCCGCUCAAGCACGCCGACUUUCCGGCGAACUUCGACGAGCUCAUCGUCUCGAAGAAGUGGCAGGAGCGCAAGGAGGCCGUCGAUGCGCUGCAGAAGGUGCUCGCGGCCACGCCCAAGGUGCUGGCUGCCAACGGCCUGGACAGCGUCGUGGAUGCGCUGGUCGAGCGCAUCAAGAAGGACGUCAACAUCAACGUCGUGCUCGGCGCGUGCCAGUGCAUCACUGGCCUGGCCAACGGCCUGCGCACGGGCUUUGCCAAGUACAAGGAGCGCGCGCUGCCGCCGCUGCUGGAGAAGUGCAAGGAGAAGAAGGAGAGCACCGUCAAGGUGCUGGCCGAGACGCUCGAUGCCAUCUUCCAGACGGUGACGUUCGGCGACAUUCUUGAAGACACGCUCGCCGCGACGAAGCACAAGAACCCGGCCGUCAAGACCGAGGCGAUCCGCUUCAUUGCGCGCUCGCUCACCGAGACGCGCGCCAUGCCCGCAAAGGCCGACAUCAAGCCAAUUGCCGAGGCGCUGACCGCCGCGAUGGACGACGGCUCGGCGGACGUGCGCGACGCUGGCGCGCAGGGCCUCGGCACUCUCAUGAAGCUGAUCGGCGAGCGCCCGAUGAAUCAGUUCAUUGAUGGCCUCGACGACAUCAAGAAGGGCAAGGUGCAGGAGCAAUUCAAGGUCGCGACCGUCAAGGUCAAGGCAGCGCCGGCAGCGCGUGCGCCUCCAGCGGCCGCUGCGGCCAAGCCGAAGGCACCCGUCGCACGGAAGCCCGCAGCGCCCGCCAGCAUCGCGAACAAGGAGAAUGCGCCACCCGCGGCCGCACCUCGCCCGCCUGUGUCCAAGGCGCCAAUACGGCCGCCGGUCAAGAAGCCGGCAGCCGCAGCACCAGCUGCAGCCAAAGCGGCGCCGCGGCCCGCCGCUGGAGGCAAGGCAGGCGGCAAGGGCGCGCCCUCGGCGACCGAGCCCGUGCGCUACCGCUUCGGCAGCGAGGACGCCGAGGCGCGCGCGGCGGACCUCAUCUCCGAGACGAUCCGCAACGGCCUGGCCAGCGGCAACUGGAAGGAACGCCUCGAGGCGAUGUCGUCGCUCAUCGAGUGGCUCAAGCUCGAGGUCGGCGAGGUCGAGAGCGAGAUCAUCGUGCGCACGCUUGCCAAGAAGCCCGGAUGGAAGGAGAGUAACUUCCAGGUCACGGGUGAGAUGUACCGUGCGCUGCGCCUGCUCGCCGACGAGUCUCCGUCGUUUGGCCGCGCGUCCGUUGCGCUCUCGGUGCAGCCGCUGUGCGACAAGCUCGGCGACAUCAAGCUCAAGGGCCCGGCCGGCGAGACGCUCGGCGUGUACGCCGAGAAGACGUCGUACGGCUUCGUGCUUGCCCAGGCGCUGGGUCCGCUGGCUGCGCUCAAGGCGCCCAAGGCCAUCGCCGACUCGCUCCUCUGGGUCGACCAGACGCUGAUCGAGUUCGGCACCGCCGGCAUCGACGUGCGAAGUCUCGUCGCGCACGUCGUGACGUGCCUAAAGUCUGCCAACGCCGCUGUGCGCACAAACGCCACGCAGGUCUUUGGCACGCUCGCGCGCUUCCUCGGCUCGACGCUCAGCACAUUCCUUGGCGAUCUCAAUCCGCAGAUGCGCACCAUCGUCGAGGCGGAGAUCGAGAAGGCCGGCAGCAACCCGGCGCCCGCUCCCACGCGCUUCAGCGGAGAGGCACAGGCGGCACGCGGAGCCGCUGGCGGCGGAGCUGGCGCUGCUGCCGACGACGGCGAGGCGGAUGGUGCGGGCGCGCAGGACGACGACGACGCGCUCGACGCGCUCAUCCCGCGCAUCGACAUCGACAAGAUCACGCCAUCCGACGCCGUGGGCAUGCUCGGCAGCGCGAACUGGAAGGAGCGCAAGGAGGCCCUCGAGGCGAUUGUCGGCGCGAUUGAAGCACAUCCGCGCCUGAAGGGCAACAUGACGGAGCUCAGCGGCCCGCUCAAGGCGCGCUACGCCGACAGCAACAUGGCGAACCGCACGCUGGCGCUCGACGUUAUGAGCAAGGUCGCCGCCGGCAUGGGCAAGCUGUUCGAGCCGCAUGCGCGUCUCUUCGCUGCGCCCAUCACGCAGAUCCUCGGCGACGCCAAGGUGCCGAUGCGGGCGGCCGCCACCGCCACGCUGACGGCCAUGGCCAAGGCAUCGGGGCUGGCGCCGCUGGUGCCGGGCUUCGGCAGCGUGCUGGACAGCAAGGCGGCUAACCCGAUGCUCAAGCAGGAGCUCUUUGGCUGGCUUGCCGCCUGGUUCGAGGAGAACACGCCGGAGAAGGGCAUGGACCUGCAGCCGCUGGCCCUGCCUGCCGUGCAGAGCCUCGACGACAAGCUCGCCACGGUGCGCAAGGCGUCGGCGGCGACACUGCCGUACAUCAUCAUGCGCUGCGGCUACAAGUUCGUCAUGGAGCAGGCCAACUCGCUUAAGGCGGCCUCGCGCAACACUGUCAUUCCCAUCAUCGACGCCGCCAAGGCGCAGGCGGCAGCCAAGGCGCCCAAGGCAGCUCCGGCACCUGCGGCACCUGCUGCGCGCCCGGCGGCGGCCCGCCCGGUGCAACGUGCUGUUGCUGCAGCCGCCGCCGCCUCAUCUCCGUCGCGGCCAUCCUCGCCGGCACCUGCGCCCAAGCCGACUCUCGCGCGGCCAGGCGUCCGGGCGCCGACGGCCGUGGGCCGCUCGCUCAAGGCGCCGGCUGCCGCGCGCAUUGCACCGAGCAGCGAUGACUUUGACGGGCCCUCGUCGUCCGCCGGUGUGGUCAAGUCGCGCCUGGGUGUUCCGGGCCGUGCGGCAGCCUCGGCAGCCGCGGGCCCGUCCUCGGCCGCCGACAAGACGCCGCCCUUCGUCGCCUCCGACCCACGGUACAAGGCCGGCCGCGAGAAGAAGGAGGGUCGCGGGCAGCACUGGAUCGGCGCAGAUGCGGUGGCGCGCUCGGAGCUGUCCGACCUGCUGCGCGCCCAGUGCGAGCCGCACCUCAGCGGCAGCCUCGUCGACGCCAUGUUCAGCAAGGAUCACAACGCUGAGCGCGACUAUCUGUCGGCGCUGACGCUGAUCUCCGACUUCACCUCGAGCCCGUCGUUCGCCGAGGAAGAGUACGGCCUGAGCGCCAGCGACGGCAUCGCGCGCGUCGUGGCCAGCUCGGACUUGGUCGUCAAGUACGUGGCGCUGCGCCUGACGGACAACAACACGAGCAUCUCGCUCAAGUGUCUGGACAUUCUCGGCCAUCUCGUCGAGCUGCUGCGCGGCGAGCAGUACCACAUGAGCGACUACGAGGCCAACUGCUUCCUGCCGUGCCUCAUCGCCAAGUUCGGCGACCCAAAGGUCGCGUUCCGCGACCGCAUCCGCGACAUCUUCCGGCGCAUGACUUUCAUCUUCCCGCCGAGCAAGCUGCUCGCGUACUACGUCGAGGAGGGCCUGCCGCACAAGAACGCAAAGGUCCGCGCCGAGUGUCUUGGCGAGCUGGGCCACCUCAUCGCCAAGAACGGCCUGCAGGUGUGCACGCCGUCAAAGACACUGCCCGUGAUCGCCAAGCAGAUCGCAGACCGCGACGCGACGGUGCGCACGGCGGCGCUCAUGGCGCUCGGCGAGGCGUACCAGAUUGUCGGAGACGACGUGUGGAAGUACGUUGGCAGCCUCUCGCCCAAGGACAAGUCGCUGCUCGAGGAGCGCCUCAAGCGCACGACGGCGCCGCCUUCACGCUCUGCUGCGGCUGCACCCGCCGCUGCGCCGGCCGCUGCGCCGCGGUCCAGCAUCGUGCCGCCGUCGAGCAAGCUUGCGCCGCCAUCGCGCCUGGCGCACCCGUCUUCCAUCGCAAUGGCGCCCAAGAGCCGCCUGCAGCCGCCGUCGGCGGCCACGAGCGGCAUCGGGCGGCCAAGCAGCCUCAAGCCGCCGUCGUCGCAGAGCAACGGCCACGCGGCCUCGUCGGACCCGCUCGAGGUCGACGAAGACGACGAGGCGCGGCAGGCCGCCGAGGAGGACGUCGCCAUCGAGCAGUCCAUCGCCGAGGUGCUCAGCAGCGACGCGGACCGCAGCGUCAUUGCCAUCAAGACGAUCGACGGCAUGAUCUCCGACGCGUCGCUGGCGCUGCCGAACCACGCCGACCAGCUUGCCACUGUACUGUCCAAGCAGGUGCACCGCGCGUUUGCGCUCGAUGCCGGCGAGAAGUACGCGCGUCUGCGCAAGUACCUCCUGGUCGUCUGCACGUCCUUCUUCGACUCGAACCCCGUCUACGGCCCCGACGGCCUGGGCCGCACGCUCGGCAGCUACGUCACGCGCGGGCCGUACAUUCUGCUGCUCACCGAGCUGCUGCAGCGCCUCAUCGAAGCAUCGGCGCCCGACGUCGACCAGGAAGUCGCGAUGUACGGCAAGUACAUCAACAUUGUCGUGCUGCGCACGUUCUCGGCGUGCAACCUCAACAUGCUCUUCAGCGCCUGCCUGCUCAUGCUGAGCGAGGCGGCCGAGGACAUGUGCGAGCUCGAGGGCGAGAUUCUAGCACGGCGCGCCAAGUUCGCCGAGCUGAUCAUAAAGUGUCUCUGGAAGGUGGCGCGGCGCCUCGACGACUCGCUGAAGCGCGGCGAGCUGGAGCCGGUGCCGCUGCUGCUCGACGUCGAGGCCUUCAUGCAGGUCAUUCCGCCGAGCGAGUGGCGCCGGCGCCAGGCCGAGGGCCUGCCGCUCGGCGAGGUGCCGCUGCGCACCAUCAAGGUCGUGCUGUCGGCCUACGCAAAGACGUUCGGCGAGGACGUGCUGGGCAUGCUCGAGUCGCUGCCGAAUCCGGCCGAGAGCCACGUGUACGCAUACCUGCUGCGCCUGCUGAACAAGGAGGCGCGCGGCGUGGCGCCCAUCACGCCGGGCGUCGAGGAGGUGCUGGCGGCCGCCGUCGCCGAGGAGGAAGACGACGUGCGGACCACGCGCAACACCGAGCCGACACGCUCGGCGCUCGGUGUCACGUCGCCGCCGAUGUCGCCUGCGCGCCGUGCCGUGCCGAGCAGCGCCCGCGCCUCGAUGGCCGCCACUCCCGAGGACGAGGCAGAUGCCGCCGCGAACGCCGAGCUGCGUGACAUCUUUGAGCGCAUCUCGCGCAAGGACGAGAGCCGCGCGGCGAUCCGUGCGCUGUACGAGUUCCAGAAGCGCCACCCGGAGAAGGCCGACAAGGUCGACCGCUCGCUGCAGAACACCGGCCCCAUCUUCCAGCGCUACAUCAAGCGCGCCCUCGACAACCACCGCGCCGAGGACGGCGAUGCGGCGCCUCUGUCGCCGCCGCAGCCGGCGCCCGCAUCACCGGCGCUCUCGACGAGCAGCCGGGCGCGCGCCUCGGUGCUCAUCGACGCGGCGCCCUCGUCGCCGGCGGGCAACGGCCAUGCACGCUCCUCGACGAGCGACGAGCGUCUUGCGCAGCUGCGCGCCAAGUUUGGCAAGACGAGCUCGUCUGCCGACUCAGCAUACACGCCGACGGAGAGCGCCGCGGCGGCUGCGCCGCCGUCGUCGAGCGAGGCACUGCGCCAGCAGCUGGCUGCGCUGCGUAGCGGGGCCGCCGCCUAGACUGUCGUGCCGAGCUUGCUCCUUCUUUCUCUUUUCCCAGAUCCGUCCCUGUGCCCCUACUCACUCGCGGCUCCAUUUCCUGGAGCUCGCGCCGCGCCGUCGAGCAUCUCCCAGCCCCGCUAUUUGUAUGCCUAGCUCCUCUCGCAAGCACCUGCUCAUGCCGUGUC